UGGUUCCCUGGUGCUGGAUUCAAGAGACAAGCGCGAGAAUGGCGAAAAGAUGCCAACCUCGCGUACAAUGAGGCAUUUGCUGCAAUGAAGGCCCGCGAUGAUAUUCCCUCAGGUUGCAUGGCAAAGCCGCUCGUGGAGAAGAUGCUCGACGACCCCGGCGACCCUGUAUAUGCGGAGCACGUCCUCAAGGCCACUCUCUCCUCAAUGUAUAUAGCUGGAGCAGAUACGACAGUAUCCACCCUGGAGACGUUCUUCCUCGCCAUGACGUUAACCCCUGAGGUCCUGCAAGAGGCACAACUCUCUGUGGACCGGAUCUGUGAGGGGCGGCUUCCCGACUUCUCGGACUACGAUGCUCUGCCAUGGGUACAUGCUAUCGUGAAGGAAUGUCUGCGCUGGCGACCUGUCGUCCCCAUGACCCCGGCGCACAUGGUGACCAAAGACGACAUCUAUGAGGGCUAUCACAUAACGAAAGGUUCGCUCGUCUUUGCGAAUGCUUGGGCGAUCUUACAUGAUCCAGAUGCAUACUCCGAUCCAGAGGCCUUCAACCCGCGACGUUUCCUCCGACCACGCCCGAGCAUUGGCGGAACGGGCGCGGAGAACGUGGAGCUUGACCCGACCGUGCGCGAUCCCGCGGUAGCGGUCUUCGGCUUCGGACGGCGGAUCUGUCCCGGACGUCACAUGGCGUACGAGUCGCUCUGGAUCGCGGUCGCGAGCGUAAUCGCUGCAUUCGACAUCACCAAGGCCGUCGACGCACAUGGUGCGGUUAUUGAACCAAGUGGAGAAUACACGGAUUGGUUCCUGACGGCACCGAAGCCGUUUAAGUGUUGUAUUCGUCCGCGAUCACCGGCACAUGCGGCGUUAGUGCACGCUGCGCUGGAGCGGGAUGGAUGA